AUGGAACAGCUGAAAGCAAAAUUGUCCGAACAGGAAGCCCACUUGUCAAAGCUAAUUGCUGAGAACACACGAUUGUCAGAACUGGAGGCAGAAUUGGGAGCUAUUAAACAACGCGAAGAACAGUUGUCGGAAUUCACGCGUCGCCUGACCGAACGGAACGUAAAUUUACAGGCCGAACAUCUUCUGACGAUAAGUCGCCUGGAAGAGUCCGAACAACACUUGGAGCAGUGUAAAACGGAUGCUUUACAAUCUGAAGCAGUCACUGCCGACAAACUGGCGGAGCAUCAGCUUCAAAUCGAGCAGCUACAGCUGGCACUGACCGACCUACGAGAUCAACUUCAACAGUCCCGGGACCGCGAAAGUGAGCUACGUUCAGAAUUGAUGGUGGAACGAGAGCAGUCCGACUUGACGCACAAGCGUGACCUUGGACGAAUACGGGACCUAACACGCCAGCUGGCACGUGUGGCGCAAAAUCGAUCCAUGUCCCUCACGAGUGGCUUAAACCCGAAUCGCACGGAGGAUGCGAACAUGAUGGAUUCGGAGACCGCGGAUAACGAAUCGGUGUGCAAGUUGAGCCUAGAUUCACCCACUACUUCUUCACAUUCGGUCGAGGUGGGUGCCAAAUCAGACUGGCCGACUGUGAACAAACCAAUCGUCUGCUUGGGGAACACUCUGAUGAUAUCCGGUGAGGAGAAAACAUACAAAGAACCUAGCGAACAGUCGGAGCUUCAUUUCGACGAGCCGGAGCGUGCCGCUUGGAUAGCAAAGAUUGAUCGAUUGCAGCGGAUUCAGCUACGCCUGACUGACAAGAUGGAGUUUCUUCAAGAACAUUGCUUUCAGCUGACUGAGGAAUUGAACAAAAAGAGCCGAAUAAUUCAAUCGUUUGUCCUGGCACAGAAACAUUUCGGAUCUGCUGCUCCCAACUCGGUGGAUGCCAACCGAGCCCGGAUCGCUCAAACCGGUGGUCUGAUGGCUUCUCUGUACGGUGGAAAGCAUUCCAAAGAUGCUUAUGAUCGCGAUACAUAUUUGGAAAUCUGUCAAAAACUUCAGGCCGUUCUGGAAGAUACGUUGUUCAAGAAUAUUACUCUUAAGGAAAAUAUGGCCACCCUGGGCUCAGAGAUAUCCAGUUUGAACAACAUGAUGAAAGAAAUUCGGGGCGGAGUAUGUGAGAAUUGUCGCCAGGUGAUUCACAACCUAAAGCCAACUCCACCUACAUCACUUUCUUCCCAUUCGAUCGCUUCCAUUCCGAAAUCCGUUUCCCGAUUAAGUCCAGAACCACCUGCAUUCUGCGGUGGCGGGGUCCACGCGUAGCGCUGCCAAUUUGUCUGUUUGUGAUUGACUGUUUUCCUUGACUUUGCUGGUUUCUGUGGUCUGUAUAUUUCCGUUCAAGUCCGUAGUGCAUUUCUGGCCUUCACCUUCCAAUCCAUUGAUCGACUGACUCCAACUCGUACGUCGCGAAGCUGUGAUAACCGCCCAAUGUCCCCCGGCAGUUUCCCUUACCCACCGCCCUUAGAGUUCUUCCUAACUGCACUCCUCUACUUAUAUUAUUCGAAUGACAAGUUUAUUUUUUAACUUAUAAUUUUAUUGUAACCUCUUUACGGCAAAAGUUCGGAAGUCUCCAAAGCUUCCGUCUACCCCUCCGUCGUCUAACCAGUUGUUGUAAAUUUUGUCUUGGUUAUGUGUUUUUUCACUUUUGUUUGAAGUGAGCGCCAUUACGAGCUCGUUUGUCCGUU